GCUCGCGCGAGGCCCCGCGCCCCCCGCAGCCCCUCCCGGCUCCGUGCAUGGAGACGCGGCCCGCCGUCCGCCGCUGAGACCCGGCCGGCCGGGACCCGCCGGGGCUGCGGUGGCUUCGGGCUCCCGCGCGGCCCGCGGGCCUGUCGCCCGCGCGGAUCGCCGCGGUCCGGCCGUCCCGUGCCAGGAAGUGGCCGUCCGGAGCGCCAUGGCCCACUCCCCGGUGCAGUCGGGCCUGCCGGGCAUGCAGAACCUAAAAGCAGACCCAGAAGAGCUUUUUACGAAACUGGAGAAAAUUGGAAAAGGCUCUUUUGGUGAGGUGUUCAAAGGCAUUGACAAUCGGACUCAGAAAGUGGUUGCCAUAAAAAUCAUUGAUCUGGAAGAAGCUGAAGAUGAGAUAGAGGACAUUCAACAAGAAAUCACAGUGCUGAGUCAGUGUGACAGUCCCUAUGUAACCAAAUAUUAUGGAUCCUACUUGAAGGAUACUAAAUUGUGGAUAAUAAUGGAAUACCUUGGUGGAGGCUCUGCACUGGAUCUAUUAGAACCUGGCCCUUUAGAUGAAACUCAGAUUGCCACCAUAUUAAGAGAAAUUCUGAAAGGACUUGAUUAUCUUCAUUCAGAGAAGAAAAUCCACAGAGACAUCAAAGCCGCCAAUGUUCUGCUGUCGGAGCAUGGAGAGGUGAAGCUGGCCGACUUUGGAGUGGCGGGCCAGCUGACAGAUACCCAGAUAAAGCGGAACACCUUCGUGGGCACCCCCUUCUGGAUGGCGCCCGAGGUCAUUAAACAGUCAGCUUACGACUCGAAGGCGGACAUCUGGUCACUGGGUAUAACAGCUAUAGAACUGGCGAAAGGGGAGCCCCCUCAUUCCGAGCUGCAUCCCAUGAAGGUUUUAUUCCUGAUUCCAAAGAACAACCCCCCGACGCUGGAAGGGAACUACAGCAAACCCCUCAAGGAGUUCGUGGAGGCCUGUCUGAACAAGGAGCCGAGCUUUAGACCCACGGCUAAGGAGCUGCUGAAGCACAAAUUCAUAGUGCGCAACGCAAAGAAGACGUCCUACCUGACGGAGCUCAUCGACAGGUACAAGCGGUGGAAGGCCGAGCAGAGCCAGGACGACUCCAGCUCCGAGGACUCGGACGCGGAAACAGAUGGCCAGGCAUCUGGAGGUAGUGACUCUGGGGACUGGAUCUUCACAAUCCGAGAGAAGGAUCCCAAGAAUCUUGAGAACGGAGCUCUUCAGCUGUCGGAUUUGGAGAGAAACAAGAUGAAAGACAUCCCAAAGAGGCCUUUCUCUCAGUGUUUAUCGACAAUUAUUUCUCCUCUGUUUGCGGAGAUAUUCUCUAAGUGGUGGAGGAACUUCGUCCCACUGAAACCCUUUGGCCUCUGGGGUUUUGUUUUCCCUCCUUUCUUCUGCAUCCUCCUUUUGAAAGUCGAGGAGAACCUUUGCCGGCUCUGCUGGAGGCGCCACGGAGGGCCACCCCCAAGGCCGCGACGUCCAGGGACACACUUAGCCCUCGCUGUGCCCAGCCUGAUGAAGUCUCUCGCAUGGGGUGGGGAGGGCCAGCUCCUUCAAGCAAUUAUUUUAUUUUUUUAUUGUUUUUAAUUUUAACCAUAGUGCACAUAUUCAAGGAAAAUGUCUUUGAAAACAAAACCCCUGAAGUGUAUAUUUGGGAUUGUGAUAAGGCAACUAAAGACAUGAAACCUCAGGUAUCCUGCUUUAAGUCGAUAACUCCCCCGGGAGAUGGAGAAUCGCUGGUGGAUCUGUGUACAGACUGUAUAUAGCGUCAUUUUUACAGAAACCCCUUUGGCGUGCAUAAGGAAUCACUGUGUACAAAUCGGCCAAGUGCUUCUGUAGAUAAUGUCCGUGGAGUAAAUAUUUGACAGGCCAUAACUUGAGUCUAUUGCCUUGCCUUUAUUACAUGUAAAUUUUGAAUCAUGUGACCAGUGAUUUGGGUUUUAUUUUGUAUUUGCAGGGUUUGCCAUUAAUAAUAAUUAACGCCCCUCGAUGGAACACUCCCAUUUGUACCUCGACAGAUGCAAAUGUCCCUCUUGUUUGUCCUUCACCCCUUUUGGUACACUUAGAAGUUGAUUUCCUUUUUCAUCGAUGGUACUAUUUCUUAGUGUUUUAAAUUGGAACAUAUCUUGCCUCAUGAAGCUUUAAAUUAUUAUUCUGAGUUUCCCAGAGGAAGCACUCUCGUCUAACCUUUGUUUGGAGUCGUGCACCAGGCGUACUGUCCUGCCCACACGAUUUUCUGUUGCACCUCGUAGCGGAAUCUGCAUAUCAUCAUCUUUCCCACCUGGAAGUGUCUGGAUGCUUACACCAAUAAAUUUUAUAACACA